GCUGGAGCCCUGAUCGUCCAACGCCGGCGUGGCGGUGAAAAGACACGACAGCCACAAGAGGAGGACGCUGAGGACGACGAGCCGACAGAAGCAGAGGCUGAGGCGGAACACGCCGAAGACGUGUCGGAACUGCUGCCGAUGCAGCUGGAUAAGUUGCCGAUGUACGCCUCUGAGAAAGCGGAGAUCGGUGGCGAAUCCUCCGCCUCCUCUACGCUGCCAUACCAAGGUCUGGCAAUCUAA